CAUGCUCGCGUCUGCCUUGAAGCGCGGGUUCUCGACCGCCGCGCCGUCCGUGGGCCGCAUCACCCAAAUCAUUGGUGCCGUCGUGGAUGUUCAAUUCACGAACAACUUGCCGCCCAUUCUUAACGCUUUGGAAGUGCAAAACACCAACGACAACGUCCGCAUCGUGUUGGAAGUGGCCCAGCACUUGGGUGAAAACACCGUGCGCACGAUUGCCAUGGAAGGUACGGACGGUUUGGUCCGUGGCCAAGAGUGUGUGGACACUGGCAACCCGAUCAUGGUCCCCGUGGGUCCUGAAACCCUCGGCCGUAUCAUGAACGUGAUCGGUGAACCCGUGGACGAGCGUGGUCCCAUCACGUCGGUGCACAAGGCGCCGAUCCACUGCGCCGCCCCUUUGUACACGGAACAAGGUUCGGGUGCCGAGGUGUUGGUGACGGGUUUGAAGGUCGUGGACUUGUUGGCCCCGUACGCCAAGGGUGGUAAGAUUGGUCUUUUCGGCGGUGCCGGUGUCGGCAAGACGGUCGUGAUCAUGGAGUUGAUCAACAACGUGGCGAACAACCACGGUGGUGUGUCUGUGUUUGCGGGUGUGGGGGAACGUACGCGCGAAGGCAACGAUCUGUACCACGAAAUGAUUGAAUCGGGUGUGAUCAAGCUCAAUGCGGACGGCACGACGACGGGGUCGAAGGCCGCGUUGGUGUACGGUCAAAUGAACGAACCCCCUGGUGCGCGCGCCCGUGUCGGUCUGACCGGUUUGACGGUGGCCGAGUACUUUCGUGACGUGGAAGGCCAAGACGUGUUGUUGUUUGUGGACAACAUUUUCCGCUUCACGCAAGCGUGCUCGGAAGUGUCGGCGUUGUUGGGUCGUAUUCCUUCGGCCGUGGGGUACCAGCCCACGCUGGCGACGGAUUUGGGUGCGUUGCAAGAGCGCAUUACGUCGACGCUGAAGGGUUCGAUUACGUCGGUGCAAGCGAUUUACGUGCCUGCCGAUGAUUUGACGGAUCCGGCCCCGGCCACGACGUUUUCCCACUUGGACGCGACGACCGUGUUGUCGCGCCAGAUUUCGGAACUCGGGAUCUACCCCGCCGUCGAUCCGUUGGACUCCAAGUCUCGCAUGUUGGACCCCCGUGUGAUUGGGGAAGAGCACUACGAAGUGGCCCGCGCGACGCAAAAGUUGCUCCAGGACUACAAGGGUCUCCAAGAUAUCAUUGCCAUUUUGGGGAUGGACGAAUUGAGCGAAGACGACAAGCUGACGGUCGCGCGCGCCCGCAAGGUGCAAAAGUUUAUGUCGCAACCCCUCCACGUCGCCGAAGUGUUUACGGGCAAGCCGGGCAAGUUUGUGCGUUUGGAGGAAACGGUGUCGUCGUUCAAGGCGAUCUUGGCCGGCGAGUACGACGACUUGCCGGAAGCCGCGUUUUUCAUGGUCGGUGGCAUCGAAGAAGUCAAAGAAAAGGCCAAGGCCCUCGCCGCCGAAUUGGAAGACUAAACCAGCAUAAAGGACACCCUACAACCAGCGUUGUAUAUGAACUCGACGGCGUUCUCCUGUGUGGCGAUUGUGCGCAGGAUGUGUGUGUGUGUGUGUGUGUGUGUGUGUGCUGAUCGUGAUUUCUCGAGAGCAUGC